AGCAGAGAGACAGCCCGAGGCUGAGGCUUGAAGGGAAAUCUCCUGGAGAGGGAGUGAGGAGAGGAGAGCUCAGGGCGGGUCAAUACGAGAAGAUACCUGGACGGGGAUAAAGAGACAGCUAUCUAUGAGUGGAGAGAGAAUGCAAGGAAGACUAGACAGUCGCUGCUAGGAAUAGAGAGACGCCGGGGCAUUGAGACUGAGACACCUGUGGAAUGAGACGGAAUCCUGCGGUGCAAAGUAACCAUGUGAAGGAGACCCAGACAACAACCCCCUUUGGCUUGAUGUGCUCUAGAAGUGUAUGAGGGAGGCCAGCCCGCGGCCCCACCGCUGCGCCUGGUGAUGGUGCCGGCAGGAUGCCUUGGUUGCCAGUGAAGAAGAUCCGUAGGCAAUUUAAGCUUCUGCUCUUGUUGGUGCUACUAACCUCCGCUGUCUGGGUCACCUACUUACAUAUCAGUCUUGCGAGGCAGGGCAAAGCUCUUCGGCUGCCCUUCAUCUACAGUCGAGAUGGAGAAAGACUUGAAGGAACUGAUACUGCCCGAAAGACAGGGAAAGUUCAGGCCUCUCCUCCUCACUCACAAGCAGGGGACUCCAGUGAGGAACUUCCUACGAUGGACGCCCUUGGAUGGAAGAGAAGCCACCGACUGUACCCUAGCCUAGAACAGGUGAACCUUACUGACACCCCUCUGCCCUGGGAUGAGAAGUACAAAGGCAAAGUGAAUCUCCAUGUGUUUGAGGACUGGUGUGGAGGAUCAGUGCUGCACCUCAAGACUAACCUACACUUCCCGCUGUAUCCUCAUACUCGCACUACUGUCACUAAAUUAGCCGUGUCACCCAAGUGGAAGAAUUAUGGAUUAAGGAUAUUUGGAUAUGUACACCCGUACAAGGAUGGGGACUUUCAGUUUGCUGUGGCCUCAGAAGAUAACUCUGAGUUUUGGUUGGGCACAGAGGAAAGCCCAUCCAGCGCCCAAUUGAUCGCUUAUGUUGGCAGGGUCGGCUCUGAGUGGACAGCUCCAGGGGAAUUUACAAAGUUUAGCUCUCAGGUUUCUAAGCCUUUCAGAUUGAUGACUUCUCGGCGGUAUUACUUUGAACUUCUUCACAAACAGGAUGAUCGGGGGUCUGACCAUGUGGAAGUAGCUUGGCGCCUUUCUCUCCCAGGAAUGAAGUUUGAAAUUGUGGACUCUCAGUACUUGUCUUUAUACACUGAUGAGACACCAUAUAAAAUGAAUGAGAUCUCCCACAUCCCCCAAACACUGUCCAGUGCGAUCAACCAUCGCUUGACCAGAGAGGAAUCCAUUGUUGAUAUCUUGAGACGAGAUCCUCGAGACACUUUUUAUAUGACCCCUAUGAUUGAACAGUCCAAGGUGGAGAAUGUGCUGGUCCCCUGUGCAUACAACCCUACUUACGUGGUGAAGGAUUUUCCCAUUGCCCGUUACCAAGGCCUGCAGUUUGUCUACCUUACCUUCGUCUAUCCAAAUGAUUUUACACGUCUCACCCACAUGGAAACAGAAAACAAAUGCUUCUACCGAGAAUCCCCUGUGUACUUGGAGAAGUUUGGAUUCUAUAAGUAUAUGAAGAUGGAUGACGACGAUUCUCCCCAAAUGCCAUUUCUCUUCUUCAAUCGACAGCAUUUCAUGGAUGAAGAUGAGGAUGAUGACGACUCGCUGUUUCCUGGCAUCUCCCAAAAGAAAGCUGUUAAGGAAGAGCUUAUGACUGAUGACCUCUCACCGGCCCCUGUGGUUCUUCAGCACACCAACAUCCAUCACAAUGAUUCACUUGAGCCUAUGCCAUACAGCACAAGAUCUCUCCUGUGGGCACCUCGGGAAAGCCCACCUUCUGUUCACAGGGGAAGUAGGAAACACCUAGUGCCGUUGCUUGGUGGACAGGGAAUUGCAGAUGAUCCAAAACCCACAGGAGGAAAAUCUGCUUUAAGAACUAAAGAAGGGAAUCAUAUUGAUCACAAGAGAAAGGGAAAGAAUUCAGACAGUAAAUCGAGAAGCAAAGGAAGAUCAGAGACUCGGAGGCGAGGGGAAAAAUCUGAAGUGAAAAAGAAACAUGGGAAAUUAGAAAAAGUUACAGAAAAGCAGGACAAUGUAGCAGUAAGGCCUAGUGCUGAAAGUAGAGUAGAGGUCACCACAAAGGCAGAGAAAGUAAAACAAAAUUCUAAAAAGACAAAUAAACAAGAAUCAGAUAAAGUAUAUGUGACACGACUCCUCUCUGGAGUUAGAAAGUCUCGAGGUCAAGUCUUCCCUGGGAUGCUGUUGCCGAAACCUAAACCACGGAGAACCUCUAAAGUUCAUGAGCACUAUCAUCUCCCUACUCCCCCAAAAGUUUCACGUGGGGGAAAACGAUCGAGAACCUGGACUCCACCCGAUACCUCAGAACUGGGACUUUACAGUUGGGAAGGCCAAACUGAAGUCCCUGGAAUAUCCCUCCCUACCUCACCUAGUCUUCCUGGUGGCCCUCCCUCACUCACCUUGUCUUCAGAAGCCCCAGCAGAAGAACUACAGGACUACAGCUAUGAGGAAUCGGAGCCUCGGCAAACCUGGCCAGAGGAUGCCAUCAAUUGGCAACGUACAUUUAGUGUAGGAAAUGUAGACUUUGAAAUGUUGAGGUCAGACUGGAAUGAUCUUCGCUGCAAUGUGAGCGGUAACCUGCAGCUUUCUGAAGCGGAAACUGUGGAUGUGGUGGCGCAGUACAUGGAAAAACUCAACGAGAAGAAUGGAGGCAUAUACACUUUACUUCGUAUAAUCAAUGUGGAGAAGCGCCGUGACUCUGCAAGGGGCAACAGAUACCUCAUAGAACUAGAGCUGGAGGAACGAGGACGGAAAAAAGUGAGACUGGCAGAGUAUGUGUACCUCCUGCUGCACCGUGGUGCUGGGGGGGACAGUGACGAGAGCCCCCCUGCAGAACCACCUGAAGUUUCCCCCAGUCCUUCCAUCUACACUAAACCAAUCUUGUGCCGACCAGUCAGCUUGAGCUGGAAUCCUCAUGCCACAGUGCACUUUGUAGUUCCUGUUAAGAACCAGGCGCGUUGGGUCCAACAACUGAUCAAUGAUUUGGAGUUUCUGUACCUCAAGACUCGUGAUGAUCAGUUCAGUCUCAUUUUAGUGGACUACGACAGUGAGGACAUGGAUGUAGAACAGGCUUUGCGUCGUGCUAAACUGCCAAGUUAUCAGUAUCUGAAGAGAAGUGGAAAUUUUGAGAGGUCAGCAGGAUUACAGGCGGGAGUGGAUACGAUACAGGACAAUCAUAGCAUUGUGUUCCUGUGUGACCUGCACAUACACUUCCCUCUUUCAGUACUGGACAGUGUAAGAAAGCAUUGUGUGGAGGGGAGGUUGGCAUUUGCCCCCAUAGUAAUGAGACUGAGCUGUGGAAGCUCCCCACGGCAGCCCAGAGGCUACUGGGAAGUGAACGGUUUUGGGCUGUUUGGGAUCUACAAGUCUGAUUUUGAUCGCAUUGGAGGAAUGAAUACGGAGGAAUUUAAGGACCGCUGGGGAGGAGAGGACUGGGAGCUGCUGGACAGGGUGCUGCAGAACGGUCUGGAGGUGGAGCGGCUACGUCUGAGGAACUUCUUCCACUACUAUCACUCCAAGAGAGGCAUGUGGAAUACCCAGAGCCAGGAAAAUGCUGCCAAGGACUGAGGUUGCACCAAGUUGACUUUCUGCGCAUAGCCCGCUUGCACGGAGAGGCCGGCUGUCCUGUCUAAUAAACAAGGUACUGCCAGAGUAACCUGCAGAGUCUGCACAUUUCACCCGCUGCAGGCUACUCUGGUCAUGUUCUGAGGUGGCUGCGAUACUCUGCAGAAGAUGACCGACAUUAUGCAUCCACUUUUUUUACAGCAGGCGGAUAAAUAGAGUGCAUAAGCUGAGCCACUUGUAGUCUCAUGGUACUCUACUGUACAGAACAGCUGAUUCAUAGGAAAAUAGCUCUCAGGGUUCUGCUGCCAAAAGGUGUCACUGUAAGCGUUUACGCGCACUCGUAUAGCAGAUGUAUUGAAGUCAUUGUACAAACAGUGUUUUUCUUGCAUUAAACACAAGUAAGAACAGAAAUCCUGUUUGUUCAGCAAACACAGAAGUGCACUUGAAGCAAAUGACACUGGUAGGAAAUGUUUAAUGCACUAUACUGAUUGACCUCUGGGUGGCGCUCAAUGACAUCUUUACUUGCUUAUUGAGUACGGUAAAUUAUUCCCUAGAGGCCGUUGACCACAAGGGGUCACUGCGUAUUGUUUUAUGCAAGAAACUUAAAAAUGCAGUUUCUGUCAGUACUUGUAUGUAUUGCUUUGCUGUGUUUGUUCUUCUUAGAUUGUUGUCCUUUCGCAAUGGUCAGUGCAUACAGUAAACCGCGAUGCAGUGUUUUCCCAACCAGGGUGCCUCCAGCUGUUGCAAAACUACAACUCCCAGCAUGCCCGGACAGCCUUUGGCUGUCCGGGCAUGCUGGGGGUUGUAGUUUUGCAACAGCUUGGAGGCCCCCUGAUUGGGAAAACACUGCCAAAAUGUCAUUUUAAGCCCUAGGAAAUAAUGAAUUGGCUGAGGAUACAAUAUCUUUGGUCAAUCCGAAUGCAGCACUUAACAUUAUUUAUUGAGAGAUCUAAAGGUAUAUUUGUAUAUUGUAUCAUGGAAAUCUGCCCAGCAGUUACUUGAGAUAGCAAUGCUCUGUGCAGGACUCCUUGUCUUAAUAAGAUAUAAUACAGCACCUUGGUUUUGGCGCCAGCCUGACAGAUGGUAUUCUAGAAAGGUCCAUUUUUCUUCCUUAACUUGCUGUUGUCAUCCUCUGCAGACGUCCGGCCGCACUCAGCAGUUACAAUGAUUUCUGUGAAAUUAAAAUGUAGCAAGAGGUUUUUAGAAGUUUUAAAUAUUUUUUUUUUUUCUUUUUAAACUAAAAUAAAACCAUUUUCAGUUUGGCUUUUAUUUUUGUCUCUUGGUGCAUUGG